GGUCUCGUUCUGGGAAUCUACUCAAGUGAAAAGGAUGAAGGUGCUGCCCAGUUCACUAGUGCAGGAGAUGCUUUCGAUAGACUCGUGUCUGGAAAGCUGAGAGAACUUCUGUCCAUAUGUGGGCCACCUUUGAAGAAAGGCAAAACGCGCAUAUUCCAUGGUUUGCAUCAGGACUUUCCGAGUGUGGUUGUCGUUGGCUUGGGUAAGAAGAAUGCUGGAGUAAAUGACCAAGAAAACUGGAAUGAAGGCAAAGAAAAUAUUCGUGCAGCUGUUGCAGUUGGUUGUAGACAGAUCCAAGAUCUGGAGAUCCCUUGUGUUGAAGUAGACCCCUGUGGAGAUGCUCAAGCAGCUGCUGAAGGUGCUGUCCUUGGAUUGCAUGAAUAUAACGAGCUGAAGCAAAAAAAGAAACCUGUAGUUACUCCUCAGCUUCAUGGAAGUGCUGAAAGUGAAGCCUGGCAAAAAGGUGUUAUCUACGCGGAGGGUCAGAACCUUGCUCGGUACCUUAUGGAGGCUCCAGCUAACUAUAUAACUCCAACCAAAUUUGCUGAACAUAUUGAACAGAAGCUCAGAAGUUUCAGCAAUGUGAAGGUCCAUAUAAGACCAGAGUCUUGGAUAGCAACACAACAGAUGGGAGCAUUCCUGAGUGUAGCUAAAGGUUCGGCUGAACCUCCCAUCUUUCUGGAGAUUCACUAUUUAGGUGGUGCUAAUACAAGUGACUCCCCAUUGGUAUUUGUAGGAAAAGGAGUUACAUUCGACAG